AUGGCGUCGUCGUCCUCCUCGCCACACGACCGCAGCAGACCGAGCGAGGAUGAGGAGGACCCGGUCGACCAGAUGAUCUCCAGGACGGGAUGCGCGGAGCUCCAUUACGCUGUGCAGGAGUGUAUGGCAGAGCGCCAGGGCUGGCGGAAGUGCCAGCCCCAGGUGCAGGCCUUUAAGGAGUGCAUGUUGACAUUCCAGAGAGCAAGGAAGGAGCAACUCGCCAAGCAGAAACCAGCACAGGUCAAUUAGUAGACCUGACUUCAUGUCUGAAACUACCGUUUUUCUUUCUUGUGACUUUGCUCAGUGGUGUGAAAGUUUUUGGCAUGCCAUAUACCAAUAGUUUUCAUAUGGCCUUUUCUUCUGCGUGGCGUAGUGGUUAAGGUAAAUGACUGGGACAUGUAAGGUCGCUGGUUCUAAUCCCGGACAGCCGUUGGGCCCUUGAGCAAGGCCCUUAACCCUACACUGCUCCAGGGGAGGAUUGUCUC